AUGACCAUCACCAUAGUGGCCGCCUUCAUCUGGUGCUGGACGCCCUACGUCGUCAUGACGCUCUGGUACAUGUUCGACCGGGAGUCGGCGAAGAAGGUGGACCAGCGGCUGCAGGACGCGCUCUUCAUCAUGGCGGUGUCCAACUCGUGCGUGAACCCGCUGGUGUACGGCUCGUACGCGAUGCGCUCCUGCCCGCUGCUGCACCGCCGCCGCGACCGCGAGCGCGCCGCCGUGGCGCAGCCGCUGCUGAUGGCGACGCGCCCGCCCCCGCGCCGCCGCCACGUGGGGGCGCUGCCGCCCACCGCCAUCAGCUGGCGCGCCACCGCCGACGCCGCCUCCAGGACGUCCUCGUCCGCGUCCAGCUCGCACCACCGGCCCGCCACGCGCUGA